AUGGGCGUGCGCAACUGCCUCGACGGCAAUAAUAUGUCAGGACAACGCAAUAACCCCCUUGAACUCGGGGAACAGCCCGAGCAACCACCUUUGGAGGCCCCAGGGGCAGCUGCCCCCGGUGCUGGGCCUGGCCCAGCCGAAGAGAUGGAGACCCCACCGCCUCACAGCGAGCCCAUCCCCAUCGAGACUGAAGGCGAAGCCUGUGGACCCCCAGAGGUCUCCAGACCCAACUUCCAGGACCUCAGCCAGGCCAUCAAGGAAGCCGGAGCCCAGGGAGGGUACAGCCCCCCUCCCGAGGAAGCCAUGCCCUUCGAGGUCGAGCAGGCCAGCUUGGGAAGCUUCUGGCCUACCCUGGAGCAUCCUGGAGACACCACUGGGACCGGUGCAGGCCUUGAGGCCUUCAGCCCACCGGUCAUGGAGCCCGGAGCCUCCCAUGAGGCCGUUCCAAGCCUGGGAAGCUACAGCCCUCCACCAGAAGAAGCUAUGCCUUUUGAGUUCGAGCAGCCUGACCAGGGAGACAACCAACCUCCCUUGCAGGUCUCAGACCUUGCUCCAGGAGGCCCAGGUUCGGUGGUCUUCAGGGCUCCUCCCAAGGAGCCCCGAGCCAUCAGACCUGCAAACGCAGGCAUCAGAGGAGGAUGCAGCCCUCCCCGCGAGGAGGAUCUGCCAUUCGAUUUUGAUGGAGCAGCCUUGGGGGACGACAGCCCACCCCCUGGGCUCCCCCGAGCUAUCCCACAGAUCGACGGCGGUGGGGGCAGCCAGAUCACGACAGUCGCGGUCUCGAGUGCGAUCCUCCUCACUCCCGCCGCGAACGAGCCCCCCCUCUGGGUCCCCGGCAUCAUCGGCAGCCCAUCUCGAGAGGCUGUCAGACCUUCUCCACACUUCGCGGGAGACAGCCCCCCGAUGGAGGUCUCCAGACCCCCGCGCGAGAUUGGCAGCGCCCCCGUUGGGGUCGAUGACGCUCCCGGCGACAUGGACAGCCCCCCAGUCGCGCUUGACGAUCUGCGCAUCGAGGUCUCCGGAGCUCCCGUUGAGAGAGAGCAAGCAGAGGGAGAGAGACCCCCAGCCGAGGGAGAAGCAGCCGAGAUGGAGGGAGGCUCAGCCACCACAGCCGCAGAGGGAGGCAAGGUCCCUGAUCCCGGGGACCGAGCCCCUGCCGCCGCCGCCGAGGCAGCACUGGCCGCUCCAGCCGCCGAGGCAGCCCCGGCUGCUUCAGACCCCCCCGCCGCCGGAGCAGCCCCUGCCGCUCCUGCCGCCCCAGCCUCUCCUGCCGCCCCGGCCGCUCCUGCCGCCCCAGCCGCUUCUGUCGCUGGGGCAGCCCCGGCCGCUCUUGUCGCCAGGGGAGCCCCUGUUGGCCGGGCGGCUCCUGUCCCCCGGGCAGCCACCGUCCCCCGGGCAGCCACUGUCCCCCGGGCAGCCUCCGUCCCCAGGGCCACUCCUAUCACCUGGGCAAACCCCACCUCGGGAGCCCGACCCGAGAUCAGUUUCCUUAGACCCCCCAGCCCGGAGAUCCAGGCUGCCGAUCCGCCUGUUCCGCAGCCUCCGCGCGCAUUUGCCUGGCGGGGCAGGUCAGAGCCCAGCUGCUGCUACCUCUACGACGACCAGAUAUCGGUCAGCAGCGACAGCGGAGACGAAUCCGACGAUGGGACCUUCGGAUGCCGCCGCUGGUUUUCGUCCAAGAGAAACCGCCGCCGCCGAAAGCCCCGGAGCAACUUGCUCCACAACUUCCUCGUCCGGGCCUUCCGAGGCUGCGUCUUCGGAUCCGAGAGCCCCCAGUUCAGAGGCUCCUUCAGCCCCAAGGUCAAGAAGGUUGCCUUGGCGGAGAAGCGCAGACAGGACCGCAAGGAAAACGCGGGGAAGUUUGGCCAGAAGCGGUCCGAGAAGAGACACAGCCAGCUCACCAACAAGCAACUCCAGAACAAGAAGAUGGACAACUCGCAUACGCACCGCAUGCUGUUUCUAGGUGCUGGAGAAUCUGGUAAAAGCACCAUUGUGAAGCAAAUGAGGAUCCUGCAUGUUAAUGGGUUUAAUGGAGAGGGCGGCGAAGAGGACCCGCAGGCUGCAAGGAGCAACAGCGAUGGUGAGAAGGCCACCAAAGUGCAGGACAUCAAAAACAACCUGAAAGAGGCCAUUGAAACCAUCGUGGCCGCCAUGAGCAACCUGGUGCCCCCUGUGGAGCUGGCCAACCCAGAGAACCAGUUCAGAGUGGAUUACAUUCUGAGCGUGAUGAACGUGCCGGAUUUUGAUUUCCCUCCCGAAUUCUAUGAGCAUGCCAAGGCUCUCUGGGAGGAUGAAGGGGUGCGUGCCUGCUAUGAGCGCUCCAAUGAGUACCAGCUGAUUGACUGCGCCCAGUACUUCCUGGACAAGAUUGAUGUUAUCAAGCAGGAUGACUACGUGCCCAGCGACCAGGAUCUGCUCCGCUGCCGUGUCCUGACUUCUGGAAUCUUUGAGACCAAGUUCCAGGUGGACAAAGUCAACUUCCACAUGUUUGACGUGGGCGGCCAGCGUGAUGAACGCCGCAAAUGGAUCCAAUGCUUCAAUGAUGUGACUGCCAUCAUCUUCGUGGUUGCCAGCAGCAGCUACAACAUGGUCAUUCGGGAGGACAACCAGACCAACCGCCUGCAGGAGGCUCUGAACCUCUUCAAGAGCAUCUGGAACAACAGAUGGCUGCGCACCAUCUCUGUGAUUCUGUUCCUCAACAAGCAAGAUCUGCUGGCUGAGAAAGUCCUUGCUGGAAAAUCGAAGAUUGAGGACUACUUUCCAGAAUUUGCUCGCUACACUACUCCUGAGGAUGCGACUCCCGAGCCUGGAGAGGACCCACGCGUGACCCGGGCCAAGUACUUCAUUCGAGAUGAAUUUCUGAGAAUCAGCACUGCUAGUGGAGAUGGGCGCCACUACUGCUACCCUCACUUCACCUGCGCUGUGGACACCGAGAACAUCCGCCGUGUGUUCAACGACUGCCGUGACAUCAUCCAGCGCAUGCACCUCCGUCAGUAUGAGCUGCUCUAAGAAGGGAACCUCCAGAUUUAAUUAAGGCCUUAAGCGCAAUUAAUUAAAAGUAAGAUAUAAUUGUACACGCAGUUGAUCACCCACCAUAGGGCAUGAUUAACAAAGCAACCUUUCCUUUCCCUCAAGUGAUUUUGCGAAACCCCCUUUACCCUACAGCUUGCUUAAAUAUUCCAAAUUUAGAAAGCUUAAGGCGGCCUAUAGAUUAAGAUUAAGAAAAAAAGGCCACAAAUGUUCCCUUCUCUCUUUAAGUAACUAAAAUAUAAUAGCAGCAAACAGAAAUAAAUAAAUGAAAUAAAUGAAACAAAUGAAAUAAAUAUCGUGUUGUGCAGCAUUAAAAAAAUCAAAAUAAAAAUUAAAUGUGAGCAAA